UACAGGCUGCACUCUCCUUAUUCUUUCCAGAAUAUUUCUUUCCCUCACAGCCAUGCCAGAGCUCAGUGAACUCAUCUUUUUACCUUUUUUUCUUCCAGCUCUAGGAUACUGACUUUUGAUAGGAUGAAGACAACAAUUUGCUCUCUUCUCAUCAUCAUCUCGCUUCUUCAACUGAUGGUCCCAGUGAAUACUGAGGAGACCCUAGACUCUGUAAUGAAGAGCCUCAAGGAACUUGUCAGCUAUCACGAUGGCCGUCGCUCAACUAUGACUACAACACUUUCCUGCACUAGUGUCAAGGCUAUGGGCACCCUAUCCUCCUGUCCUUCUGGGAUGACUGUUACUGGUUGUUCUUGCGGCUUUGCUUGUGGAUCUUGGAAUGUCCAGAAUGAAAACGUUUGCCAAUGCCUGUGCCCAAUCAUAGACUGGACUAUUGCCCGCUGCUGCAAACUGGCCUGAGAAUGAGGACCUGAAAAUCCAGUUUUGAAAUGAUGAGUAUAAAGA